AUGGUUAUUGCACAAUUGUUCGAUUUCGACCCGAAUAGUUAGGUUAGAAAUUUUUUGUUGGAAAAUUUAUUGAAAUUUAUUAAAACUAUACUUACUGUUACUUUACAAAUAUGGCACAAAGUAAGCUGAACGACAUGGCGGGCAAAUUUGCCAAGGGUGGACCACCUGGUCUUAACGCCGGUCUGAAAGUAGCUGCAGUAAUAGGUGCGGCGGCUUAUGGCAUCUCGCAAUCAUUGUUUACCGUGGAAGGUGGUCAUCGGGCCAUCAUGUUCAACAGGAUAGGAGGUAUACAAAAUGACGUUAUGAGCGAGGGUAUGCACUUCCGAAUUCCUUGGUUCCAGUAUCCUAUCAUAUACGACAUCAGAUCUCGUCCUAGGAAGAUUUCAUCACCCACCGGUUCUAAGGAUUUGCAAAUGGUUAACAUCUCUUUGAGAGUACUAUCACGUCCAAACUCUAGCUCGCUCCCCACCAUGUACAGACAACUUGGCACCGACUAUGAUGAAAAAGUAUUGCCUUCCAUCUGUAAUGAAGUAUUAAAAUCAGUUGUUGCCAAGUUCAAUGCCUCCCAGUUGAUAACUCAGCGUCAGCAGGUCUCACUGUUGAUCAGGAGGGAGCUGGUGGAGCGUGCUGCUGACUUCAACAUAAUUUUGGAUGAUGUUUCCUUGACUGAAUUAAGUUUCGGUAAAGAAUACACUGCUGCUGUUGAAGCUAAGCAGGUAGCCCAACAAGAAGCUCAGCGUGCUGCUUUUGUUGUUGAAAGAGCAAAGCAAGAGCGUCAGCAGAAAAUUGUACAAGCUGAGGGAGAAGCUGAAGCUGCUGAAAUGUUGGGUAAGGCCAUGGGAAUGAACCCUGGUUACCUCAAGCUGCGUAAGAUUCGUGCUGCCCAAAGCAUCUCCAGAAUGAUUGCUCAAUCACAGAACCGUGUGUUCCUCCCGGGCAACAGCUUGAUGAUCAACCUGCAAGACCCCACCUUUGACGACCUUUCCGAGAAGCUGACUAAGAAGAAGUAACAUGAGGCUGAGAGUGUGUCAGCUGAAGGCCUGGAGCCAGCGACCACUCUUACAGAUGUUGAUGCUGCUGUUAUAAUAGGUGGAGCUGCUUCAGUUGUUGUUUAAGCAUUUUUCAAGACGAAUAACAUAAGCAUUAUAAAUUGUGUGAACAGUCAGCCUACUCACAAAAUAUACUAUUGCAUUUUACGUUAUUUAGUUGUAGGUUUAUAGUAUGUAUGGGAAUCUAAUUGAAAUAAAAAGGUUCAAAAUUAA